CGCUAGUUCCUGCUGACGGAUAGCAUAUCAGGUCAAAGGUUUUUCUAGUAGAACGUGAGCGCUACUUGAUCUUUGUAAGACGCUUCACACACAAACCCGCGAGGGCAACCUAGUCCUACAGUUUGUAUACAAGAACGUUUAUUUAACUCCUCUAGGCUAUCUGAAAGUACUCUCCUCCAGAGGCGCCGAAAAGCUUUGCCAGAAGGCGCGCGACCUUCCAAGUCUCAUGCAAGUAGCAAUUCCUCGGUCGAUUUCUGGCGCGUAGUGCCACGGAGCAGAUGGAGCCUGGAACGCUUUUCCACUUCUUCCUCAUAGAAGGUUACCUUUGGGAUUGGUUAACGGCUGGAGCAGCAAUCGCCGUUAACCUGGUGGUGCCUGCCAAGGCGCUGGAUCCGCUAAGCCGUUACUAUGAAACAACGGAUCCAACCUUGUCGUAUCCGUACCGGGACUCUUCCGUACCAACGUACGUGCUGUACAUUUUGGUGUUUGCGCUUCCCGCUGUGGUGUUUGCCGUAACGGCAACCAUCAAGAGCUUCAAGAGGCGCCGAGAGAGCUUCGUUGACUGGCAUCAUGCAGCGCUGAGCAUCGCGGAGGGCUUUGCCUUGACGACGGGGUUCAAGCGCUGGACCAACCUAGUGGGUCGGCUGCGACCCAACUGGCUCGCCAGCCUCAAGCUCAAAGACCCGGCGGAAGUGGACGACGCGCGGCUGUCCUACCCCAGCGGCCACUCCGCCUACAUGUUCUUCUCCAUGACCGUGGUCUCACUGUACCUGCUGGGAAAGCUGGAGGUGAUGCACCGACCCAGCCAGCCGCUGUUCCUCAAAUGCAUCCUGGCAGUGGGCCCCCUGGCCCUAGCCACCUUUGUGGCAGUCAGCCGCAUCGCGGACUACAAACACCACCCAUCCGACGUCAACGCAGGGUGUUUCAUCGGCACCCUGUGUGGCGCUUUCGCCUACUUCCUGAACUACCCCUCGCUCUUCGACUCCGCAUCAGCCCACCCCAAACGACGUGGGGAGGCCGUACAGUGGGGCGCGGGGGCCAGCCGCGGCAGCAGCGCAUCAGCUGCUCCCCUGAACGCUCCGCUGCAUCAUGGGGUGGUGGGGGACGUGGAGGCCAAGGGCCGUUGAAGCGGGGCGAGAGAGAUGCCGUACUUUUGCGUACAUUGCCGUACACUGGGAUGGCAGUGGAUUACGACAUAAGGCUGCGGUGGCUUGGUGAGGCUAACGGUAUAGACUAGGCUAGGCUGCUUUGUUCCCAGGCAGAGGGCAGGAGUGCGGCGGCCCAGGUGUUGUUGGUAGCUACCCAGGUGGCCCCUUGUGACGUGGGCGCUGCCGUAGGGGGCAAGAGCAGCUGAAAAACAACAACAGCGGUGGCAGGAUAUUACAGUAGAGGGUAUCUUUUGCUUAGGGAAGGAGGGAGUUUCUGCAUUUACGGAUGCUAAAUAAAACAGCAGGCCUGGGCUAUCCAGGGGAUUUCCUGCCGCUAAUGGCGCCGUACCGCAUUCACGGCAUACGAGUGAUGCCCCUUGUUCCCGAGCUCCCAAGGCACCGUGUGUGCAGCCCAAGGCAGGGAGACGGGUCUCCUAACAUGGGGAAGUAGGGGAACCAACGGAUGUACGGUACGUGGCCCAAGG